AUGGGCCCCAAGUCGCGGCUCAUCAUUUGCGACUUGGUCGUGCUGGAGUGGGUUGAGGUCGGCGGUUUCAAUGUGGGGUACUGGCUGGACCUGCUUAUGAUGGCCAGGAGUGGAAAAGAGAGGAUCGUUGAGGAGUUUAGGGAGACUUUGGAUAGAGCGGGGCUGGAGUUAGUCAAGGUGUGGCCGUCAGGUGUUAGCCUGGUGGCGAUGGUUGAGGGGAAGUUGAAGGGAAGGGAGUGA